GACUAAGAUAUCAGAAUUUUCCAACUUGGAUUCUCCUGCUUUCCACCAGUGAAGGCUUUCACACGCCGAACGCAAUGUAGACUAACAACACGAAAGGGCCGAAUAUUUGGAUGUGUUUUUUCCUGAUUGAUCCAAACUAUAAAAACCGUAGGGGUCCAGCGCCGCGGGAAGGUGUUUGAAGUUGGGAGGGUGAUGAAAUGUAAAGUCCCCCAGAGUAUUUCAGUGAGCGUAAUCAGGUGUGCUUCAGCAGGUAGAUUACCGGACAGUGCUGGACACCUGCCGUCCAGGAGCAGAGCAGUGGACCCCUGUUUUAAUCCAUUCAUGGUGCCCCCCGGUGUAUUUCAGCGAGGACGCUGCGGCGGCCCCGUCGGGCUAGAAACGUCCCUGUGUGCAGUGAAAAGACGCUUCGUCCGGCGUCGAAAGGGUUUAAACUGUUUCAGCUUUCCUUGGAGCGGAUUCUGACCUGGUGCCACGUCAACCAAUAGAAACAUGCAGGUAGAAGACGGAUGAAAAUCCAGGAUGAGGACUCUUUACCUGUUCUAUGUGCCUUCGUGGCUGUUGUGUGCUUGGCUGUGUAUUUGGCCAUUGCCAGAAUUUUCUUUGGAUGGUCCAUAUUUCUUUGUUUCUGGUCCAAAUGUUUUGUUUCCCAGUGGAUUUUAAACUGUACAAGCUCCGCCCCGCUCCAGCCGUGUACACGCCCUCUAGACCUACUAGAUCUGCAUCUACCGCUCUCUGCCCUUACAUUGUCUAGCAUGCAGGCACCCUGAUGCUUGCCCUGCUGCCCCUCCUUUCUCUCGGUGGACGGGCUAAAUAAUUGAUAUACAGACAGAUUGUCACUGUGAGGUGGGAAACUGCCCAUAAUCGGGCUCCACUCAUACGUCCAGCAGGUGCUUUUUACAGUGGUUCAGAAACAUGAGCGAGUGGGAGGAUGCUGAGUGCUGGUCAGUGAGACGAUGAAGUCCAGUAGGGAUAUAGAGAGAAAGGCUGGUUAUCUGCAGCCGGAGCACUGCGCCCCUCCCCCUCCCCACCCGCCCUCGUCAGGACAGAUGUGGUUCAUCCGGGAUGGCUGUGGGAUCGUGUGCGGCGUGAUCACCUGGAUGCUGGUGUUCUACGCCGAGUUUGUGGUCGUGUUUGUGAUGCUGCUGCCCGUGAGGAACGCGGCGUACAGCCUGGCGAACGGAGCGCUGUUCAACACGCUCGCCUUCCUCGCCCUCGCCUCGCACUUCCGAGCCAUGUGCACCGACCCGGGGGCGGUACCAAAGGGAAAUGCCACUAAGGAGUUCAUUGAAAGUCUGCAGCUGAAACCAGGCCAGGUGGUCUACAAGUGCCCCAAAUGCUGCAGCAUCAAACCAGAACGAGCCCACCACUGCAGUGUCUGUAAGCGCUGUAUCAGGAAGAUGGACCACCACUGUCCGUGGGUGAACAACUGCGUGGGUGAAAACAACCAGAAAUACUUUGUGCUCUUCACGAUGUACAUUGCCCUGAUAUCACUCCACGCUCUCGUCAUGGUGGCGUUCCACUUCAUCUUCUGCUUCGAGGAGGACUGGUCAAAGUGCAGCACCUUCUCUCCUCCAGCGACCGUCAUCCUCCUCAUCCUCCUCUGCUUUGAGGGCCUCCUCUUCCUCAUCUUCACCGCCGUGAUGUUCGGGACGCAGGUCCACUCCAUCUGCACUGAUGAGACCGGAAUCGAGCAGCUGAAGAAGGAGGAGAGACGAUGGGCCAAGAAGUCCAAGUGGAUGAACAUGAAGGUGGUUUUCGGCCACCCGUUCUCGAUAGCGUGGCUCAGUCCCUUCGCCACUCCCGACCACGGCAAAGCGGAAGUGUAUCAGUACGUGGUGUGACGCGGGAAUCCUCCUUCCCCGUUGGACGCAGGCUGCCGACGCGUACGGGAAACACACCGUCGGUCACUGCGAUGGACUCUGCCGCUCCACUCCCUGUUCUCUGCUGUCCUUUCUGCCAGACUUUGUGGGUUUGCAGGCCGUGCGGGACUCUAAGGCGGACGUCCUGCUUGCUUUAAAACUCCUUUCUUUCCGCUGGUUUUAUUUUCGCUGGCUGUGCCUGUUGCUGUUUACGUUGUUGUUGCUUUGUGUUCUUCUUUCUGUUCACACCAAAGCCCGGACUGCAGCCGUGCUGGUGCUCCUCACGCUUUGCGGUCUUAAUGGCCCGUGAGCGGGAACAGUCGGACUGAGAACCACGUUAUGAUGCACAUAACUCGUUUUAGGCUUUUCGUAGCUUUGGUUAACGUACCAGAGCAAGGAGACCAUCCGGUUUCUCGUUUGGUCAUUUGCCAUGAAGCAGACGUUCCCCUUUAUGUUCCCUGACUGUUCUAGUCGGCACGGUUUUCCAUUGUUUUUAGAGGAGCUUGUAGGAGCUUUGAGAUGUUUAGGUCAUAUAAAUUGUCUGAGCUCAGUUCUAAAACUAACGACUCCUCUGAAAACUGGAAGCUCCUUCCCACCAGACAGAGGAGAAAAAAACACAGGGUUUCUCCCCUUCGUCCAAAUUUCCACUGACAAUCUUGAAAUAAUUACUGAAAUUCCUGAAAUGUUGAUGGCGUAUUUUCUCCAACGUGUCUUGUAAAAUCAGGACUUUAUUAUUCCAACAUAAUGACUUAUUUUCUCAAACUGUUGGCUUUGUAUCUCAAAAUAAUAAAAUACCUUGUUGAAAUAAAGACUUUUAUCAUUUUGACUUCUUAUCUCGCAAUAAUGGCUCAUCAACCCAGAAAUAAUAACACACUUUUCUUAAAUUUCUGGGGGGUUUUUUCCAGCAAUUUUGAGGAGAUGUGUUUUUAUUUCCAGGUGCCAAGUCAAAAUUUUGAGAAAAGUCUUUAUUUCCAAACUCUGAGGCAAAGUUUUGACAAAAUAAGUCAUUCUGACACUGAAAGUCAUUACUUUGAGAUGCUUUGUCAAAAUUCUGAGAACAAAAAUGGAAAUUUUUUCCUCCUCUAUUUGGCAGGAAUGUAUUUCCGUACAGUAUAGCCUAAAAAGAGGCAGUUCACUUAAAGGGAAAAUAAAUAGAGGUAAAAAUGUGAAUGUGUUUGAGUGUUUGGGGAACAUAUUCUGUAAGACUUGAAGAGUUGAAUGUAGUAAAUAAGCGUGAAGGAAACACUGAAGCUGAUGUAGAUCAGCGGAGCUUUGCUGUCUUGCGUUUAAAAACGAAUGUGAAUCGAGAGGAAGACUGAAUCGAGUUGCUAUUACAUGCUGUUUAUUUAUUAUGAUGAAUUACAGAUGUGUUUCAUUUUUGCAGAUGGCGUAGCUGCUCUUCUCACGCAGAACUGAAAGGGAUCGCAGUGGUUCUGCUAGUGUUCUGCAUGCACUAAUAAGGAACGGUUCUGUAAUGAACAUGGUUCUCUAUAGUAUGUGGAUAUAUGGGUUCGCCUUAAGCUAGAACAGACCGGGCUUGGCUUUGGUGGCUGAACAGAAGAAGUUUCAAUGUGUUAAAACUUUUUUUUGCCAAAUUUUGUUCUUUCCUGAAGAGAGGACUGUUGAAUCGCCCCCAGAAACGCCUGAGGACACCAGCAGAAAUGAGCUGCACCAUAUGGCUGGAACAGGGAUGAGAUUAGUCAAGCGUUAACAUGCAAUUUGCCUUUCUUUCUUUCUUUUUCUUUCUUUCCUGCUUCUUCGCUUUUUUUAUUUUCAAAUAACACCAGUUUGUAUUUUAAUGAGCGUUUCUUGCUUUUUUUGUGUCUUUAAAAUAACACCGAUUUGUGUUUUUGACAAGGGUUGUCAUCCAGCAUGGACUUCAACCUGGACUACGUAUGAAUUUGCACAGUGUUUUCCACGGGUUUCCCUCAAAUGAUGGACAAAUAUGAUGAAAUAAAUGUGUGUUUGACUUGUGCACAUUUGCACACUCUAGAAACCAAGUCAACUACACCAACAAGAAAGUACUCUGAUCCAGGA